AUGGGACCCACAGCAUGUAUAGAGGAAGACACGGCAUCAGAUCCAACCAAGGACAAGGUGCUGGAAGGUGGUGUUGGUGCCUCGCCUCGCCUCACCAGGCAGCUGCACCGUGUGCACGUCGACUCACACAUCGACCCAGACCCUCAGUGGGUCCUGUGGGUCGAUUACGGAAAGGUCGCCUCCAUAUGCUUCGAUAUGAUGUUGUUUGAUGACUACUCGCUCGGAGACGUUUUCAUCAUUGACUUGAAGAACGUGACCAUCGCACACCUGCUCCGCACCGAUAUCAGUGUCAUACGAGCUAUGGAAUUCGCCCACAAGGUACAUGUCCAUCUGCCAGGAUCAACGACGCUGUUUGACCACGUGUCUAAAGAGUACCUGCCAGAUGAACUAGGAGGUACUGCAGGUCCUACCGACCAACUUGCCUAUGAAGUCAUCAGGAGGGCGGAGAAGAAGAGAGACUGGUUCCUGGAGCAGAACAGCUACACCUCGGACGAGAGCAAGAGGCCACCGGACAACCACUACGCCGACGACUUGUUCGGAGUGUCGGGAUCCUUCAAGAAGCUCUCAGUAGACUGA